AUGGCCUCCACUGCUCUCUCGUCAGAAACUUCAACCAACAAGUUCAAUCUGGACGCCGUGGCCGCACGGGGUACCGAAAUUACCGGCCUUUCAAUUUAUCAAGAUACAAAUGAAGACAUAACUCUUGAAAGAGCCCAAGAGCUGAUGGCUGAAAUGAACGCUGAUGUUCCACAAGGAGGGAGGGACAUUGUGUUUGGACAGAAAGAAACCCAACGCCUACGCUUUUGGGAACCUACUUCCAAUUCCCGCAACGCGCCAGUUGUUGUCUUUGUCCAUGGUGGAAGUUGGACAAUCGGUACUUAUCUCGACUCUGUUGGUUCACUGAAAGUCAAAUACUUGAACGAUCUUGGAUACGCAUUUGCCUCCAUUGACUACGCACUCAUCCCAAGUGUCACAGUCAAGGAGCAGGUUCAAGAGGUUGCUGACGCGGUGGCAUACAUAAUGGAAAACUCUCAGUCGCUUGGUAUCAACCCCGAAAGUGUGGUCUUGAUGGGCCAUAGCUCUGGAGCCCAUGUUGUCAGCCUGGUCGGUACCGAUUCAAGCUAUGCGCAAAAAGCGGGAUUCGAUAUAAGUUGUUUGCAAGGGGUCAUUGCGCUUGACGGCUCAAACUACAAUGCCGCUGCUUCUAUCGCCGACAACACGGGAUCAAUCGUCACGAACAUGCUCCACGGACUAGGAAGCGAUCCAGAGACACUAGAUGCAAUGUCACCCACGCUAAAUGCAGCCGGACCCAACGCUCGCGGGUUUCUUCUUCUCCAUGUCCAGCGCAAGGGAGAUAUUCGACAGGCGGUAGAGUUCUCUGCCGCCUUGAAAGCUGCGGGUACAAGGGCUGAUCUACAUGUCUUUGAAGGAGAGGGUUUUGAAGGACAUGUGGCGUUGGUCUUGAGAAUUGGCGACGAGGAAUACCCGGCAACAGUUGUUAUGAAGAAGUGGCUGGAGAAAUAUGUUCCCGUCUAG